AUGCGCGGGGACCUGCUCUACGCGGCGCUGCCCGAAGACCGCGCGCUGCUCUGCCAGCCGUCGGCGCCCCCGGAGCAGCGGAGCUGGUGCUCGGCCGCGGCAGCCCGCUACGCGACGCGCGACUUUAUCGGGCAGGUUUGGACGUGCCAGUGCGCGACCGACCAGCACGGCGCUGGCUGCUGCCGGGGCCUCUUCCGGGACCCCGCCAUGGACCACCUCGAGCAGCUGGCCCUCCCCAGCUCCGACCGCUCCUGCAGCAGCAGGGUGUGCGUGCUCGUGAGCGGCAAGCGGGCCUCUGGGAAGGACCACGUGGCCUCCGCUCUCCAGUCCGCCCUCGAGUCCGAGGGCCUGGCGGUGACGCGCCGCGCGGCCGGGUCGAUUAACAAGCGCGCAUACGCCGCCGAGGCCGGCGUCGACUUGGAGCGCCUCGAGGCCGACCGGGAGUUCAAGGAGGCGCACCGCGUUGCGCUGGUGCGGCACCACCAGUCGCGCAACCGCGAGGACCCCAAUUGGUGCUUGGAGGAGGUCUGGGCCGAGGCCGUGGCGGCCGGGGCGGGCGUGCUGCUGAUGCCAGACUUCCGCUCGCUCUCCGACCUCCGUUGGUUCGAACAGCGCUGCGGCGGCGCCACCGGCCUCGUGCUGCUGCGCAUCGGGGCUUCCGACGAUGCCCGGCGGGCGCGGGGGUGGCAACCAGACGCCGCCAAGGACGGGCUCUACUCCGAGACCGACCUGGACUCGUUCGAGGGCUGGGACGCGUGCUUCGACAACACGGCCGACUCGUCGGCGGGCCUGGUCGAGGAGUGGGUGCGCCACACGGCCGUCCCGCGCAUCCUGGCCGCCAGGGGAGAGGGAGGGGGCCUGCAGAGGUUGCGCCGCACGAGGCGGGAGGAGCGGCGCGCGAGGCUGCACGCGCGGGGCGACGCCCGGUCCGCGCCCGCGGCCCCACCUCCCCAAGGUCCCCCCGCGACCCCGUUCGGCGUCUGA